CAUGGGGGACAUGAAAACCCCUGACUUUGAUGACCUCUUGGCUGCUUUUGACAUCCCUGAUCCAACUAGCCUCGAUGCCAAGGAGACCAUCCCCUCAGCUGGGGAGGAGAGUGAGAACCACCUGAAGUCGUCGGGAAUCUGCAUCGAUGAGAACGUGUCCUUAUCCCACUCUUUGCCUCCCUCUGAUGCUCCUGUGGUGAGUGUGAUAGUGAAGAACACGAGUCGCCAGGAGUCCUUUGAGGCAGACAAGGAGGGGAAUCACCUCGGGACGGGUCUGCUGCACAACGGGUUUCGUGGCUCUGAUCUCCCAGCAGAGGCUCACGCUCUUGUCCAUAAUUAUGGCAAGUUUGAGUCAACUUUUAUUAACGGUGACAGCUCGAGAGGUUACUCGGAUAAACUGGACCAGGCCAAGUCGGAGCCUUUGCCAACAUUUAGUCAGUUUAGUCCCAUUUCCAGUCCUGAACCAGAGGAUGCGUUCAAGGAGAACAGUAUUGGAGAUAAACCCAAACAUGCCCAAACUCCCUAUUUUCCACCGCCUUCCAUGUAUAUACCGACAGGAGCUUCAGUCCUAGAUCAUCUUAGGAAGGUGCCAGAGCCCGAAUUAAGUAUGUUUGAUCAGUACUGUAAAAAGGAACAGAAGAUGGAAGUCCACUGCCAGCCAGAUAACAGGCUGGAAAUGAGCAGGAGAGAGCACGACAAAGCAGCAGAGAGGUUUGUGGAGUCAAGCAAGGACUUGGUAGAUACCAACAGCUUUCUUGGAGAAGGCUUGGUGUUUGGAGACCUCCCUCACAAUAAUUUAGGAGACAGUAAGGGGUCUGUGCCCGAGCUGAACAUGUCUUCAUCAGUCCCACCCCGGCAGAGGUUAAAGCCAACUCAUUCCAAGUUGUCAUCCUGCGUGGCAGCGUUAGUAGCUCUUCAGGCCAAAAAGGUUGCGUGUAUUCCAAAAGGCGAUCAGCCAAAUCUUACCAAGGAGCCUGGUCCUUUCAAAGAUGGGACAAAGGGAAGUCCAAAAAUGCCCAAGUCGCCAAAGAGUCCCCGAAGCCCCUUGGAGGUGGUGAGGAAGGCCAGCAAGCAGCCCGAGAGUCCUCGGAGCGUGUGCAGCGACAGCAGCGGGAAAGGCUCUCCUUCCAUGGCAGCUGGUUCUCCACCAGCUAUUCCCAAAGUUAGAAUAAAGACUAUCAAGACAUCCUCUGGUGAAAUUAAAAGGACUGUAACUAGAAUUUUGCCAGAAAACGACGAGUUGGGUAAAUCUUCAGAAGAAUCUCCUGCAGAAUCCUCCUCGGCCGAAGAGUUUAUGAAAUCUUUCCCAUCCCCUGACACCAGUGCAGUGAUGGAAAGUGAGGCUGGCAGGAAUUCUACCAAACCUGGGGCUGCUGUGGCUAUCCAGCUGUCAAACAUCACGAGUCCAUACUUGGACAGUAUGAAAAUGGAUAUUGCAAACAGCACGUGCACCGUGUCCUUGUCUCCCCUGCCGAACUGCGGCGGCGGUGCCAUCAAGGUGGGCGUCAAGAGGCAGCAGCAGGGCACGGUGGCACCGCCAUCGGGCACGGCCUCCUCCAGCCUCCUUCCCAAAGCUGUGCACCUGGCAAACCUCAACCUGGUCCCGCACAGUGUCGCCGCUUCUGUCACGGCCAAGUCCUCGGCACAGCGGCGAAACCAGCCCCAGGUGACACAGAUGUCUGUGCCACUGGUGCACCAAGUGAAGAAAGCUGCUCCCGUCGUCAUGGAGGCGUUCAAUAAAGUGCUGCACAGUGCCAACCCAGUGCCCAUAUACACCCCCAACCUCAGCCCCCCUCCUGACGCCAGUAUUAACUUACCUGCCUCUGGGUAUUGCUGCCUGGAAUGUGGGGACUCGUUUGCCUUAGAGAAAAGCCUGACUCAACACUAUAGUAGGCGAAGUGUUCACAUUGAAGUCAUGUGCACUCAGUGUUCAGCUAUGCUCCUUUUCUUUAAUAAGUGUAGCUUGCUUAAACAUGCACGAGACCACAAGAGCAAAGGGUUUAUCAUGCAGUGUUCUCAGCUGCUCAUGAAACCGAUUUCUGCAGACCAAAUGUUUUCACCCUCUCCUACAAGCUCCUCAGCCUCGCCGGCUCCUCAGACUUUGCACUCCUCCUCUCCUCCACGUAAGUCCAGCGCUGCUUCAGGAGGUGGCGUGGGGAUUUCUGCAAACACUCAGCCAGCCAUGCCUCUCUACAUGGACCCACAGAGGCUAAUCCGUCAUGGGCUUAAGUGUUUGGAGUGUAACAAGCAGGAGCAGGAUUACCUUUCUUUAGCAGCUCAUUACCAGAGAACCUCAGAAGAUAAUGAGAGACUGACGUGCCAAGUGUGCCAGAUGAUGCUGCCCAACCAGUGCAGUUUCUGCGCUCACCAGAGGAUCCACGCUCACAAAUCUCCGUACUGCUGCCCGGAGUGCGGCGCCGUGUGCCGCUCGGCCUACUUCCAGACCCACGUGCGGGAGAACUGCCUGCACUACUCCCGCAAAGUCGGCAUCAGGUGCAUCCAUUGUGGAGUUGUCUUCAUGACCAUUGCCCUGCUCAAGGUUCACAUCCAGGAGAAACACUGCGAAGUCUUCCACAAGUGUUCUUUUUGCCCAAAGGCCUUCAAGUCGGCCGACAGCACCCUGGCUCACAUGACCAGCCAACAUGCAGCAGAGCCUCACAAGACUACUCAGUAAGUUUUCUGA